UUAAUUAAAAAAUAAUUACGAGCUAUGGCGUGGUUUCCUUUCUGACACACCGAUUUUGUAUACAAUAAUAUGUAAUUAUUUAUGUUUAUUUCAAAAGAAAAGAUUGUUUUACUUCGUUUAAUUUAUCUGUCGCUUGUAAAUACGCAGAACAUCGAAACCUUCAAUGUGGAAGAGCGAUACCACCUCGUGAACGAGACGUACGUGACGGCGCGCACGCUGUUCCUCGCGGGGCGCGCCUCCUACGACGAGCUGAAGGACAGGUCUCGCCGCGCAAUGGACACGUUCCUCGAUCUCGCGCGGAUUAUGAACGAGGAAAUGGCUCGUGACGUCAGAGCGGCCGUGCUCAAGUAUUACAGAGUCAAGUAUCUGCUGGACUUCAGUAAUUACAUCGUCACGCUGGACGAGAUGGUGGACAUAGUGGAGCACUGCCUCAUAGGUCCUGUGGAGAAGAUGGCCGACAUCCGCAGUCAGUUCCACGCCGUCAUCGCCAACUUCGAGGACGUGCGUCACUUUGAGAACGUGCACAGGUGCCGGAACGAGCUGCCGGACGAGGUCGCCGCUGCGCACUGUAUACUGCAUCAGACGGUUAUUUUCAACGAGACAAUGCAGGAGAGUCUGCUGUCGAUAGUGGAGAUCAAGACGCGACAGCACGUGCGCCGCAUCAACCAGUCGCUGUACGACGUGCAGGACUGCCUCAACCACAUGACGCCCAACUUCUUCAAACAGCUGCUCAUCGAUUCCUACACUGGGACUUGUGGCUUCCUCAAAGUUGUAGAUAUUUCUGCACGAGAUCUCACCAACAACAAGUGGCACACUCCACAACACACAAAGUUCUUAUUUAAAUGGCAUCCAGUCGUCAGUGCGUUAGAGCAGAGAAAACUAUUGCCGAGAAACACUAAACUAUUGCUGCUCUCAGCGUUGCGGACAGCUAAUAUUACAACAAGCAAUAUACAGAAGGACUUACUGGAGUAAAAAUAAUAAAUACUUAUUCAUAAACUAUA